CGCAGAACAAUGUGUCGCAAUCAGUAUCUUGUGGUGUCGUCUCUGCUCAGUGUCACUGUUGUCUCAAGGCAAAUUAGCCCUAGAGCUUGUGCUGUCCUCUUCAUCACGUAGUCGUCCAGCCUUACGAAAUCUGCGCCAGUGAUAGUGGAUUUUUUGCACCGGCAUCCACGGGCAGACCUGAGCAAAAAAUGAAAGCAUGAAAUUUUUGUGUGUGUUCCAUGAUGAGGGUAUGUACAUGAAGCACAAAAUGACAGUUAUGAAGAGUACGAAAUGGUGGGAGAUAAGAAUGUGACCAUAAAUUAGCCUCAUAAAUUAGCCAUAAAUUAGCCUAAGAUGAAGGGUUCAAAGAGCCGGAAAUUAUCGUAAAUUAACACUUAAGUCACUCACACUGUUCACAGAACACAUGAAGGACAUAAAAUACAAGAUUACAUGGAACAUAAAAACGAAAGAGAGAACAAAAAAAAACACUCUGCUGUUUAGUUAUUAUUGUUGUUGCCAUAAACCACCUCCUCGUCAUCCUUACGUCCAGGUAGAUGUUAUAAUAUGAUCUUUGUCCUUAAUGAUGGUAUUCUUCUUCUAUAGCUGACCUUUUUACUGUUUCGAGAGAAAGUCUCUUCAUUAUGUACCAAAUUUGUAACCACUAAACAUCAUAGCGCAGAACGCUGUAAAGCUUUCGUUGUAUGUUCGCUUAUACAGGCUGCUUCUUCUUCUGUUCUUCUGGAAUGUGUCACCAAAAAAAUGCAGUCGUAACUGAGGUCUGCUGAGAUUUCAGACUUCCCAAAUGAUGCUGCUUUGCUAGCAGCAUUUGCUAGCAGUCUUCCUCCUUAAAUGAAAUUUGGUGACAGAAAAAAAGUACAUCGUUCCAAUAGUUCAUGGUUGACUAAAAGUACACGAUCAGAAUGGCCUGUAGGGGAUCUGUGCUGUGAGUGUUUUUUAUGCAUUGCCCUGCAGCCCCACGACCCCCACCUUUCCCAAUUCUUCUUUGUGAGAACUGUAAGCUUUGUUAAUGCUCAUCAUCAUCAAGGUCAGCAAGAUAGCCGAGCUAAGCGUCAACUCCCUGCAAGAAAUCUGAGGAUGAGGUAGAACUAUGGAGGGAACCAUCAUUAAUCGUCUUCCUUUGCAGAGACUCUGAUCAUGUCAUUGCAGGUCAAAGCAAUUCCUCCUCAACAAUCAACCAUGUCAAAGUUAACUGAGGGUAUGCCUCGACCCCCCUGGCUUAAUGGUUGAGUGAGGGUUGCAGGUUGUGGGGGGGGGCAGCACCCCAACUGAGCGAGACAAGCUGUGCGUAUAGUGGCGCCGAUGCUGCGUCUAAUCCCACGUGUCUCCAGGGUAAGCCCUUUGGACAGAAGGGCCGAUGAUUGGCCUGCAUGUGGUCACGGCUGAGAAUGAGUCAAGUCAGGCUGAGUUUUGCACACAGUCUCAAGCACAAUGCGAGUGUCUUAAUCAAAGCAGCUAAUCACCUCUGAGCUCUUUGCACUCUUUGCACACGCUUUUUGCAGCCUUGUUAGCCCAAGCUUAGCUUCACAACACAAAUCGGGAUUAUCUUGUAUUGUAUCUUGCUGAGCAGGCCGGCUCACCACAAGCAGAUCUUGCAAAGUUUGGACCGUUUGUCGGUCGAGCAGUUGCAGCCUGCUGAAGUGUCUACUGAGGAUCAAACCCAUGGAAAUAGCCGUUGUGUGGCUGUGCGUGUACUACUCAGCCAGUAUGUGUGUUGACACCAUGUUGCUUUACUGCUUGGUAAUGCAAACAAACCUGUUACAAUGCCCGUUCUGAGUGGACUGUGCAAAAAUCCACCAUAAAUCUUUGACCAUUUAUUUAUAUGUAAUCUAUACAAGAAUAGCAUAAAAAACAGUUAAGUUGUUUUGACAUUGUCUGCCAACCAAUUAUAAGAGAUCCAACUCAGGUAGCCAGAGGCAACUUGAUAAAUCCACCAAUACAUUUUGAUGAGACUACUGCUAAUGUCUCUCACAUACCGUAUGUGGGCGUUUGCAUUUGAAGUCAAGCAAGGAGCGAGCAAGAGUGUUUUUCAUGGCUGUGUAUCUUUGAUUUGCAAGUCUUUGCAUGCAGUCCACAUCUGGACUCCACCUUGGGAUCAGAGUAUUGGCUCUUAUCAAUUGGUAGAGGGCAGAGAGAGAAGGUUCUACACUGACUGGUCCAGCUCAGGUCAUCUGGAUUGAACCCUUGUUUCAUCUCUGCUUCUUUAAGAAACACACAGCAGCGACUUGGCAGAGAGUUGUUAUAAAUGUUUGAGGUGCACUUGUUUUAUGGCGCAGGGUGACAUAGACGAGGGGGAACACCUGGAAGUUGGUAAGUAUGUGAUCCAGAAAUAUAUAUUCAGGUAUGAGCAGCCAGUAGUCAUAAAUCAGAGCACUUGACAGCGUGUAAUGGAGUUCAGCAUAUGUGGCUCAUCUGGGUUUUACAAAUACAAAUAUUCACCUUCGAGAGACUCUUGCUAACACUUGUCACAAGUCUAGAGCUCAGUACACGGUGGUUUAGGACCUAGGGCUGAUGUUGCUUUUAUCCAUGUAAAAGGUCUUGUAUUUAGUAAAAAACAUUCCAGUUUCAUGCAAGUGGACCUGUUCACACAUAGUGUGAAAUAUGAGCUUGAUCCAGUCUGACUGAAUGGAUGGCUUUGCUCUUUGUGUUCCAUGGCAGUGCCCAGCUAAUCAGCCAUUUGUUGCAUUACUGUGGGGUGUGGAAAUAGUGUUGCAGGUUCCUCUGAAAGUGAUAUUAAGGAGCAAGUCAGGACAGAUCAGAACUCUACCACCCCGUCAGCAAAUAUUUCUCAGCUAAGCUAGGCAUUGAGUAUCCUCAUUUAGAUACACGAAGGAAGUCAAAUGAAGUUAACUGUUAUCAUGUUGGAUAGGCAACAUUGCUGAUGCAUUUUGUUGGCUCUCGUUAUGUUGCACAGGUAUUUCACAGACUGCAUUAAUUCCUUAAUACUUGAGAUCGUCCCUAUCCUCUGGCUCUGUGUCUAGUUUGACAAACACCCACUGAGUGUCCUGCACAGACUAUGGUCUUAUCUCAGUGGGAUACAAGUAUCUCUUUAUGUUCAGACACAGUGUAUCAGAGCUGAAGAAGGACAGAAGCAUGGGUGCUAAAAAUGUAAGAGGGUUGGGGGGUAAGAGGCAGGAACAGGGCAGCUGCAGAGAAAGUACGAGAAGAUCGAAAACAACACCACAGGAAGGACCUGGUUUCCUUUGGACCAGGGACUUUCCAUGCUCACUUGGAGGAGCUGCUGGAAGGCAACAUUUGUAUUGUGAGUAGAAGCCCAAAGCACAGCCCUAGCCCCCAGCCUGGCAUUAGCGACCAAGCUGACCAUCUCUCCUUGACCUCACUGGACUCGCUGGAGGCCAUGUCUGAGGUUGAAGUGCCCACGGGCUUCACCAGGGGAAGUCGGAUACGUGCCAGCCUGCCCGUGGUGCGAUCCACCAACCAGACCAAGGACCGUUCUCUUGGUGUGCUUUACCUGCAGUACGGAGACGAAACGAAACAGACCCGCAUGCCCAACGAGAUCACCAGCAUCGACACAGUCCGAGCCCUGUUUGUCAGUGCCUUCCCGCAGAUACUGACCAUGAAGAUGCUGGAGUCGCCCAGCGUGGCCGUCUAUGUCAAAGAUGACAUGAGGAACAUGUACUACGAGCUGAGCGAUGUCAGGAACAUCACAGACCACUCCUGUCUCAAGGUAUACCACAAGGACCCGGCACAAGCGUUCAGCCACGGGCCCAGACCGGCCAAUGGUGAUGCCAGGAUGCACGGUGAGAUGGGGAAUCCUCUGAGGCAGCCCCCCAUGGGCCCGCCAGCCCAACAUCCAUUGCAGGCAGGACUCCCCCCAUCGCCACACUCUAUGCCCCCUUCCCGAAUACCAUUCAGCCCACGACAGGGCUCUCUGCCUGGCAAUGGCACCAUGCCCAGGGAGCGACUCUCUAACGCCAACCCCCCGGCCCGCUCCAUCUCCCCGUGUCCCAGUGCCAUCCUGGAGAGGCGAGAUGUUAAGCCGGACGGAGACAUGGGUGGGAAAAGUCACAGUCUCAGCAGAGGAAAUGAGGGCUUGUAUGCAGAUCCUUACCUUCUCCAGGAAGGAAGAAUGGGUAUGGCGACUGCCCACGGGCCUGGGCACGAGGGUUCAGAACACGGCAUGCCUGGAUUUCACCGAGCCUCUGUCCGCUCCACAAGCUCUUACAGUGGGCCCAGCCCCACAGACUCCAUUGACCACCCUUCCCUGUACAGGCAGAAGUCCAGAAACAGCCAGCUGCCCACACUGGGGUCCAAGACCCCUCCUCCAUCUCCUCACCGCAGGGCUGAUGUACGGAUCAUUGACAUCCAUGGGAGUGUGCCCAUUGAGAGGAGCUCUCCUGUCCGCCAGUCCUUCAAGAAGGAGGAUGUCACCGGAACCAAGCCAAGAAACAGCAUGGCAUCAUCUGAUCUCCAAGUUCACCUUCAAGGGUCCAUCCCGCCUUCAAGUGACAACCAGACACGAGAGCGAAUGAAGGCAAUGGAGCAACAGAUUGCCAGCUUGACUGGCCUUGUUCAGGAUGCACUUUUAAAGGGGCCUCCCAGCAGUGAGAGACUCUCAAAGACGUCGUCUCCAGCCCACAGUGCCCAUAGCUCAGGUGGCUCACCAGUGCUGCCUGCCAAGGGUAGCAUGUCUAAUGCAGUUCUACCAGACAAGAACCAGGUUCCUCUCAAAGCCAACUUGCUGCAGUUCAGGAAGAAUGUCUCUGAUCUCAGAUUGCAGCUUCAUCAGAUGAGACAACUGCAGCUCCAGAACCAGGAGGUACUGCGAGUCCAGCUGAAGCGAGCCGAACAGGAAAUUGGAGUGAAGCUUGCAGAGGCCAUGCGACGUCUAGACGACCCGGUUCAGAAGCAGAGAGCUUUGGUGGAAGAGGACCGGCAAAAGUACUUGAGCCUAGAGGAGCGUGUGCUGAUGCAGCUUGGGGAUCUGGAGCAGUACGUGGUUUCUCUGCAGAAGGACUCAUCAGGAACUCACAGAGCGGUGACCCUGAAAGACGUGGAAGAGGGGGCCGUGACCCUGAGGAUGGUCGGAGAGUCUCUGGCAGGGCUCAAAGGAGAGUUCCCGGCCCUGCAGAGUAGGAUGCGCUCUGUCCUCAGAGUGGAGGUGGAAGCUGUCAAGUUUUUGAAGGAGGAACCUCAUAAGCUGGACAGCAUGCUGAAAAGAGUCAAAAGCCUGACAGACACACUCAGCAACCUGAGAAGAUUUGCCACCGAGGGCCCUCAGAAAGAAGCUGAUCCUUCAUCUAACAUCCCAAUGGACAUCAGCCCAUCUCUAGCAGAGGCCCCUGUGGUGGAAUCCCCACCAGCAUCAUUCCCACCUAGCUCCACAGCGCCUCCCCUGGAAUCCCAGAACGCUGCUGUUAAAUCAGAGCCUGUCUCUCCUGUGGUCAUUCAUCAUGUCGAGAGCUCUUUGGUACACAUGCAGCAGUCCCAGCGGUCUGCCAGUUUGUCAUCCGCUCAGCCCAGUCCCCCUCUUAUUCCCAGCCCCACUCACUUCAACACACCCAAUCUCAGCACGAUUCAAGGCCGAGAAUCCCCCAGAUCGGCGGCUGCUGAUCCCCCUAUUCCAGCCCAUCCUAAGAAGGCACGUGAAAGCCUGGUUAACCCCAGCAACGGGACCGCCAGCCAAGACCUUGUGAUUGAAGAGCUGCAGAACAGUCAGGACAAACGCAAGAACAUAGCAUUGUCCAUCGAGGCAGCAGAGAAAGAGUGGGAGGAGAAGAGGCAGAACAUGGGUCAGUAUGAUGAAAAAGAGUUUGAGAAAAUCAUCCAGGAGGCCGAGGCCAACAUGAUAAAAGGCCUUCCCAGUCCAGAUGUGGCAGCUAACCCAGGACAGCUACCUGCAAACACACAUAGCCCCCGACAAUCAACAGCAGAGACCCAGCGUGAGUCUCAGUUGGACAAAGCAUGCAGGAAGGUCCCGGAGAAACUCCCAAAGCCAGUCAUGGAGAAACCUGCCAAGCCAGUGCUGGAAAGACCCUCCAAGAUGGCCCCCAAACCUGCAUCCCCUGACAGUUUUAACAAGCUGGCAUCUGAAAAGGCCACCAAGUCCCCACCACCACCCCCUCCUAGGAAGACCUUCACCAGCUCCAACACAGGCAUGACCACCACGCGGUCCGGAGACGUGGUCUACACCAAUAGGAAGGACUCUGUGUCAGCUCAAGACGGUGAAGAGGAGGGUCUUUUACCUGCUGCCCAAAUUAAGCCCACCAAAACUGCAUCACCAGAACCCAAGAAGCCUACACCCCCCCCUCCUGUUGUUGCCUCUGCUGUCAGGGAAGAGGAGGAUGAAGGUGACAAGAUCAUGGCAGAACUCCAGGUUUUCCAGAAGUGCACAGUUCAGGAAGUAGGGAUGCAAAAUGUGGUGGAUCCCACCACUCGAAUUGAAGCUCAAAUAAGAGAAUUAAGAGCAGGGGCUGUGUUGCCUCUCGGAGAGAAGAAGAACUCAGAGCCCAAUUGUGAUGGAAAAAAUCCAGACACGGAUGAAAAUGGAAACACAGCUGUGCGGCAAAGCCAAGGGGUAAUUUACUACGUGACUGGAAAGAUUCCAAAAGAGCCUCCACCCUAUUCAGGAACAGAGGAAACCCAAGCACACCGGGAGUCGGCCCAGUCUCCAGUCUCACAGGUGUCAAAUGUCACUGUUAAUGACAAUUCUCCAGGCCAACCCCUGUCGCAGCCUCCCAAGUCACCACCAUCCAAAUCUCCACCACCUAUUUCGCCCAAGCCUCUGGGAUUGAAUGGAUUCAAACUGCCCAGGAAGCCAAUGAAACGCUCUGUGUCUCUGAAAACCAGUGCAGAGAUAGAGAAGGGGAGGAACCUGAACAGAGUCAACACAGAAAAGAAGAGUCAGUUCAUUCAGGAUUCUGUUUCUUCCAACAUGAAUGUAAAAUCUGAGCCUGUCGUAGCCAAUACUGUAAGUGUGGUGUCUAAGGGUCCUGCUCCACCCCCACCACCCAGGAAGUCUUCAAUUGAAGACAAUACCCCUAGCUUGGAGGAGGGAAGCGAAGAGGCAAGCCUUAGUCCUGACUUACCGGGAGAAGAAGCACCACCUCCCCCUGACAACAUUGCCUUUAUGAUCACUAAUACUAAAGUUCAGGCUCUGUCUUGUGGUGAGUACCAGGAACUGGUUAGUGCCAAGAAAGGUAGCGUCCAGACCGUGACUGUAGGCGGUGCCACGAGCAGAAGGAACACCACAGAAGAUCCAGACGUGCCUCUGGAUAAUGACUUCAACAAGAAACCCGUCAUCAUCAUUUUCGAUGAACCCAUGGACAUCCACUCAGCCUACAAACGGUUGUCCACUAUCUUUGAGUGCGAGGAGGAGCUGGACAGGAUGUUGGCAGAGGAGCGCAUCGAUGAGGAGAGCGAAGAGUCAGACACAGACAGGAGCAGCGGGCUGCAGCGGAAAGCUGAGGGAUCCGUGGUGAUUGAUGGCAAAAAGGUCCGUUCUUCUCAAGAAGACCAUACCAGCCUGUCGUCUUCCUCUUCAUCAUUAGUCUCAGAAUCAACAGACGGAGUGUCCAAUGGAGACGGCAAGCAGGACGGCAAGAAAAAGUUCAGGUUCAAGUUCCCUAAGAAACAGCUGGCUGCACUGACCCAAGCCAUUCGCAAUGGCACCAAGUCUGGCAAGAAGACACUACAGGUGGUUGUCUAUGAGGAUGAGGAGGAAUCAGACGGGACUGUAAGGCAGCACAAAGAAGCCAAGAGAUUUGAGAUCUCACGCUCAAAGUCCCCAGAGGACGAAGUCAAAGCGCAGAGUCCAACCCCACUAAAAAGGCAGAACUCAGACUCUGUCUGCAGGACCAACGAAAUCCGUAAAAACACCUACAAGACCCUAGACAGCCUGGAACAGACCAUCAAGCAGCUGGAGACCACCAUAAACGAGAUUGGACCUUGCUCCCCAGAGGAGCCCAUUUACGCCGAGGUGAAAAAGGGAGAAAAUGGAAAAGUCUCCGAAGGUGUUGCGCUGAGGAGGUCUGCUUCUCUGCCUACCUCCAAAGGGUCCACAUUGAAGCUAGCCGGGAAGAGUUCAUUCCAGAAGAAGACUAAACCUGUGCUUCUCCCGCGCCCUGUAGUCAUCUCCACCACCGCCAUCACUGCCCCCAGUACCCCCAGUGCCCCCAGCACCAUCCAGCAGAACACCAGUGUCGCUUCCCCCACUAGUCGGAUGCCCGUCCCUUUGUCGGCGAAGUCCAGGCAGUCGCCGUCUACGACUGACAAAGCAGCAAAACAGCAAAAACUGCAGGAAGCUCAAAGGCAGUUCCGACAGGCUAACGGAAGUACUAAAAGAGUGGGAGGGGAUCAUAAAACGACUUCCCCCACUGUACCCGUCUCUAAAAUCCCUGCUUUUUAUCCUAGCACAACUAAGAGCACCUCAGACGCCUUUAAUCCCACUAACCCUCCCUCCUCCAAGUCCUCCUUGCUGUCCCCUCACAAUGCUCGUCUCACUGCCCCCCCCUCCUCCCACAUUCCCUCCCUGUCUAACGGAUGCCUCAAACCCCCCUCACAGCACGCAGGUAAAGCUCUGUCGUUCUCCUCGCAGACCCAGAAUGGUCGAGUGCACUCCUCCUCCUCCUUUUCUUCCUCCUCCUCCAACUCCCCCUCCCCUCUGUCGCCCACACCUUUGGGCCCAGGUGGAAAGAGCAUCCGCACCAUACACACCCCCAGCUUCACCAACUACAGGGCCCACAACGGCGGCAGCAGCAAAUCCUGCAUCCCAACAACCUCGGUGGCUAAGGACGCUAUUUAGACCCGCUUUUGCCGCCCUCACCUCCUCUCUUGUAGCAGGUAGUCAAGUGGUGUUAUCUGUGUUUAUCUUUUUUAGUUUGAAGUGAGGCACUCCCCCACUUCAUGUUUUAUUUGACACCAGUGCUUGCUCGCCAUCACGUUGAAUAGUUUUUCUCUCAAAGUCUAUUUUUAUUCAUGUUUGUAGCUAAGUUCAUGUACUAUAUAUCACAGACGGUGUACAGAUUGUCUUUUAUUUUUCAUACCAGAGCUUUGGAUAGCAUAGUAUUUAAUGUGUGGAUGUUUAUGUACACAGCCCUUGUAAAUGCCUUAUAAAGACACUUUAUUGACUACUUUCUCAUCAACUUUCAACUGCCAAGAUUGAAAAAGAAGAGACACUGAGUAAUAACAAGCGUGCCUAUUUGCCAAAGUUGUCCAAGCCUGACUCAGCCACACCCUUUAGGGGAUUUGGGGGGGGGGACAUGUAGUCUCUAAUGUCAUGGAAAACACUCCACAUGUACAGCACAUUGGGUAAAUGCCUCCACUAAGACAGUAUAAGUAGUUUUCUUAACAUACCAAAGUUUAUUUGUAUGCAUGCCUAUCAGAUAUUUUAGGAGUGCUGUAAAAAUAAGAGAAUAACGUUUGCACAAAGUGACAAUGUAAAUAUUUGUUGGGUUUUUUUUCUUUUUGUAAAGCUUUAAGUCAUAUCGCCAUGUGGUAAAAAAGCGCAUGCUUGUAAAGCAUCAAGCUUCCAUAUUGGAUUUUCCGAUUAAAAGACUUCCUGUGAUGAAAAUGUGAGUGUGUGUGCAUUUUUCAUAUGCAGCACUUCCAUUUCACUCUUUGCAUUGAUGUA